UUGAUCACCCUCCUGGUUUUAGGUCUGGAAAGCAAGGUCCAAGGAUGGUGAAGCUGGGGAGUAAUUUGAACGACAAGAACAACAAACAACCAUCCAACGAAGAUGGUUUUCAGACAGUUCCUUUGAUCACACCUUUGGAAGUAAAUCACCUGCAGUUCCCAGCUCCGGAAAAGGUAAUUGUGAAAACAAGAACAGAGUAUCAGCCUGACCAGAAGAACAAAGGAAAACUCAGAGUGCCCAAAAUUGCUGAAUUCACAGUCAGCUUCACUGAUGGUGUAACAGAAAGACUAAAGGUCACUAUUCUCAUCAGCCUGGCUCUUGCAUUCCUUGCCUGCAUAGUGUUUCUUGUGGUGUACAAAGCCUUUACUUACGACCACAGUUGCCCAGAUGGAUUUGUUUAUAAGCACAAGCGGUGCAUCCCGGCCUCGCUGGACGCCUACUACUCUGCACAGGAUUCCAACUCCCGGGGCAGGUUCUACACCGUCAUCAGCCACUACAGCAUGGCCAAGCAGACCAGCUCCCGGGCCGUAUCGCCCUGGAUGUCCUCGGGAUCCGCAAACCACGAAGCCAAGGCUGCCAAGACAGAAGGUCAUUAAAGGGAACGAGCGGUGGUUGGGCAAAGAGGGAGGGUGGGGGGACAACACCGUGUCUAUACUGCUCUAGCUGAGCGUGCUGUGCCACCAGCACGGCAGGAAUAAAUAAAACCCAAGUGCAGGAGUCAUCUUAAUGGAUAUUUCUUUUCGUGCAUUGUUCUCGUUGAUUUGUAACCGAGUCGAGCUCUUGUACAAAGGCAUGUUUGAUGUUGACUGUACCUUAACGAUGUAAAAAUAUUUUUAAAUCAUUGCUUAACUAUUUGUUAGAAAAAUAAA